AAUUCUUACCCUCUCCCUCUUUUUUUUCUCCUAGAUGAGUUGGGCAUUUGUCCAAAAGGUGUCACCUCCAAUGUGUUCCGCUUUAACGUGUCCUCAGCAGAGAAGAACAGCACCAACCUGUUUCGAGCAGAGUUCCGGGUGCUACGUGUGCCUAACCCGAGCUCCAAGCGCAGCGAGCAGCGCAUUGAGCUCUUCCAGAUCCUGCGGCCGGAUGAGCACAUAGCAAAGCAGCGCUACCUCAGUGGCAGGAAUGUGCAGACGCGGGGCUCCCCUGAAUGGCUGUCCUUUGAUGUCACCGAGACCGUGCGUGAGUGGCUUCUGCACAGAGAGUCCAACCUUGGCCUGGAAAUCAGCAUACACUGCCCUUGUCAUACUUUUCAGCCCAAUGGCGACAUCUUGGAGAAUUUACAUGAGGUCUUGGAGAUCAAAUUCAAAGGCAUUGACAGUGAAGAUGACUAUGGCCGUGGGGACUUGGGGCGCCUGAAGAAGCAGAAAGACUUGCAUAAUCCCCACCUUAUCUUGAUGAUGUUACCCCCACAUCGCCUGGAGAGCCCAACACUGGGAGGCCAGAGAAAGAAGCGGGCCCUGGAUACCAACUACUGCUUCCGGAACCUGGAGGAGAACUGCUGUGUGCGUCCUCUUUACAUCGACUUCCGACAGGAUCUGGGCUGGAAAUGGGUCCACGAGCCUAAAGGCUACUUUGCAAACUUCUGUUCGGGCCCAUGUCCGUACCUCCGCAGUGCAGACACCACUCACAGCACGGUACUGGGCUUGUACAACACGCUGAACCCUGAGGCAUCUGCUUCACCCUGCUGCGUCCCACAGGACCUGGAGCCACUGACGAUCUUGUACUAUGUCGGGAGGACACCCAAAGUGGAGCAGCUCUCCAAUAUGGUGGUGAAAUCCUGCAAGUGCAGCUGAAAGGCACCCUGGGCUGCCCAAAGCCUAGAGAAACUGUCAGUAUCCAUUCUGUUCCAAGGCUAGCACUAAAGGAGCUGGGGGUCAGAGACUAUGCAUGCAGAGGGCCGAGUGCUAAACCCUGUGGCUUUGGGUCUGGCAGUCCUUGGGAAUCUCUUCUGGAACAUUUCUCGGUCUUGUUGCCAGUGUCGCCUUCCCUCUGGGAGUUACUUUGACGACACAAAGGCCACACUCCAAAAUGACUGGACAGUUGAUGCGGAAGAGAAAGACAAAGUGAAGGAACUGCUGUGUAUUUGAAUGCUGGGAUAGUUGAAUUGGGAAGGCAAGGAAUGAGAAAGAGCAGUUAAAAGGAGGAAUUGGAAAUGGAGCAGUUUCCCUUCUUGUUGUAGCUCCCUUGGGACCUCUGCCCUCCCAGUGGCCUGAAGAAUUACGAAGGUUUUCCCUCCUGCAGGAGAAAAUCCUGGAAUUUCUUUAGAGAAAGAAAAUGCACCAAGAAGAGAAGCUGCUCAGAGAAGAGAUGCUCAGAGAUACACACAGACUUACGUUCCUCAGAACUGUGAUCCAGGAGGCCUGUAACUAUAGUUGUGUUUCUGCCAGACCUGUAACUUCAGUUGGCAGACCCUGGCUAUUGGUUUCCAAAUGCAAACUGCAAGGCCCCCAUUCAGCCUGCUGAGGGUGGGCAAAGGCAAGCAAAGAGGGUGCUGAGCCCAUUUUUAGGAGGACUGAUGUCUCUAUUCAGCUCUUUUCCCUUUCUGGAGUUUCUGAAAGAUGGCUUCUGGGUCAGGGCAAGAGCAUUAUCUGGGGAGUACCUGGAUUUUGGAGCCAUUCACUCAUGAUCUGAUAAGACCCUGAGGACCUUUUGUCUGUUGUGGUUUGUGAUCUCAACGUGGCCCAGGCCUCACCUGCCAAGACUUAAAAAGAAAAAAUAUUAAUCUCAAAAACAUUGUAAAAAUAAAUAUUUUGGGGGGGGAGAUGGUCGUUUUUUUCUUCCCUCACCUUCCCUCCUCCCCCUACAGGGAUACUGUUGAAGGGUUGGAUGUUUUUUUGUUUCUAAACUGCUACUACUGUGGCAUACUUGGUCACUUUAAAAUCUUUCCCUUUUCCUGAGUAUCUCUUCAAGGAAAUGGGCAGAAUUUAGGUCAGCCAGAGAGCUCAGAAUGGAAAUUCCUUUGUACCUUCAAACAGUGUCUGCUGUGUAUGUGCCCUGUCCUUCUCAUGUCCCUCUGACAGACAUGUCACCUCUGACAUCUGAUUUUGAUAGAUUUAUAUAAAGCACCCCUCAAAUAUAAAACAUUUCCCUGAGUACUGUUUAAAUAAUCAGGGCAUUGCAGUUGUCACAGCUGACAAAAAUCAUACAUCCAUUGGAAUAUAUAAGUUCUGCCAGUACAGACUUGUACACAAAGGCCAGCCUCCUCACAUUUACCAUGAACAUUUCAUACACUUACAAAAUGUUCACAGAUGUGGCCCUGGCAAGUAAUCAACAUACUGUUUUUUAAAAAGUGUGCUUUUUUCAGCCACAGAUACUCCAAAAAUUACAAACCUCUAGUACUUGCUUGCAUGUCAGAUGAGACACAGGCUGCCUCUCCUUCAACCACAACUACUUAAUGUUCUAAAGACCACAGAAAUUCCUCCCUGUCCCUUCCCACUUCCUGGUCCCCAGCAGUUGAAUGUCACGACAUGGAACAACUUAAUUGCUUGUGGCCAGGGCUCUGCAUGGUCAGCUUGGAAUGCAGCUCCUGGUCCUGCACUUCAGUAGCUGCUUCCAUACACCUUGCCACAAUGCUGCCGUAACAUGUAAUCACAAACAUCUCAGCACAUCCGUUAAAAAACUCCUCCUCCAUCACCAGCUGGUAAGAUCAGCAAGGGUGGGUCAGCAGAGGGAGCGUGCCAGGCUGCAUGACAUUUUGGCUGGGGCACACGUGCUCUGAGAAAGGCACUCCCCAGUGCUCAGCUUUAUCCCUUUCAUCUCCCUGGGGCUCCUUGACCUGUCUUCUUGGUGUAAUGAUGAAAAUUACCACUCUGAUCAGGCCUGCAGCACUAAUUUAUUGCUGUGCAGCUCUCCAUGCCCAUGCCUGCCAAGGGAGGGAGCAGGUAAAUGCAUUGCAACUUCACUACCAUCCUGAUAGACAGUCCAGAAAUUUAGUGGCUGCCCUGGGGAAGGGAGGGAAAUCCAGAUGCCAGUUGGCACAGAAAUUCUCUCUAAUCUCCUUCUAGCAGCAGCAGCCCCUGGGGAGGUUUUGGUUUACAAGCUACAGUCUGUUCCUUGGUCAUUGUUCCUCGUGAGCCCUGUGCUGGCUCUGCUGCCUAUCCAACUGAAGAGCUUUCUCGCUAGUGAGGGGAAAAAAGCACAAGAAGGGGGAGCUGCAAAGAGCUGAGCAAGAACACGAGCUUCACAGUCAUACGUGGCACUUGGAGCGUGCCAGAACCUCCCACAGAUUAACCCUGGCAGGCCCCUUGAGGUGAGCCUGCGUUGCUAGCCUUGUUCACUGCUGCUCAGUGGCAGGGAGGGGCGGCAGAGGAAGCAGGCCACUGCUGAACUGCUUGGAAAGAAGGCAAAAUGGAAGGGAAGGCAGGAGAGAGGAUUCCCAGGGCGUUCAACCAGUUAGGAUUCAGGUAACCUCCUGGGCACAGUAGUCUUCCCGAGUCAAACACUCCCUUCAGUUACUCAUCUCUCCAGACUGGAGAGUUUCCUAUCAAAUGCAGUUUCCUAUCUGCGUUUGAGAAUUAGAUUUGUAAGAUAGGCUCCAAAUUCAUUUUCUUACAGUUAAAAUAGCUUCCUUAGGGUUGUUUGAGCUAUAACUUAGCAUCAAACUAUACUACCCACAUGGGGUUAAUAAGAGAUUGAAUCCACUCCUGGGCCCGGGCUUACUAAAACAUUUCAGGACACUAGUGUGAGAAGGACCAGCAGAUAGAGAGUUCUCUAUCUGCUCUGUUACUAGGUGGCAAAUUGACAAAGACAAUGGGAAUGAAAAAGUGGGUUCUUCACUGCCAACAAUGAAUACAGCUCCCAACAGUUCCCUUUUGUUAUUCCCAGGAACAAACAGAAGCUGAUGAAAACAAUCCCACCACACUUUCCCUCUUUUUAACAAAGAUCAAUGGUUUGAAAAAGUGAAAAAACCACUAUUCUGCACUGCCAUGGGGAAGAUCCUACCCAGACAAUCAAAUCGCCAUCUGUGUAGUCCUGUUUGUCUGUGGCAUACUCCAUUACAGCAUGCAAGAAGUCUAGAACCCAAACUUGAACACUUUGUUUUUCAGGCUGUUGUGCAAUACAGAGCUCUGUAAGGGACACUGCUUCUGUAAGUGCAGGAACAUACACUGAUAUUUCAGCAAAUCAUGCACUUUUUGCAGGCUAAAUGAGUCUUUGUUCUCUGGUCUGUGGUGCUGGAUGGUCUCUAGCUAUCUCAGAACACUUACAAAGAAGCAGUAAAACAUCUCAGUUACUGCUGUACAAACAGGAGUAUGCCCCUUGGUGCUUCACCUUUCCAGAACCAAUAGGCAUCAGUACUUAUAGUAAACAAGACAGACGAUGUCCAAAAGCAAUCAAAGACAAAAAGGCAAACAUACGUGUUCACUUCUCCAGCAACAUCAUGGCUCUGUUUUGCUCUGUCCUGUGAUGUCUCACAUCUCUUUCUGCUGUAGUUAUACAAUUUCCAUUCUCCCUGUUAACAGAUCCUUUGCUUACUUUUCAGUCUGCUAUGAAGCUUUCCUUACCAAUGACGAGGGUGUCCUUACCAGCGCAGAAAUAAAGGAGGUCUCCCUGCUCAGAUCACUUCAUCAGUGAAACCACUACAGUCACCUCAUGGCACAAUAGAAUCCAUUGCCUACGAUGUCUUAUGAGGCAGAUGUCUUCAAUACGAUCCAAGGUCCAGUGCAGGACAGGUUGAGCAUCACAGUGUGAGCAGGAUACAGCUCAAAGAGCCAGGUCCAUUGAAGAGGAAGGGGUCCUUUUGCACUGCUUGUGUUUCUAGUAGCAUACAAAGCAUCAAGUAUAUACUAAUGAGUUUUCUUCUCUUAAUAUGUGAUUGGAAAGCAAUAAAAUCUAUCAAGAAAAUGCA